AUGAUUGAUCUUAUACUUUAUACUGAAAAUGGAUAUUAUUUAUAUUAUCCAAUUUAAUCAGCAAAUGAAGAUAGAGUAAUUAAAUAAUAUUAAAUUUAUUAGGAUCAUUCAAUAUACUUGAAUAUUACUGCAUAUAAUUCUUAUUCAAGUUGUUUAGCAGAAUUUUAAUUAGCAUGGGUUUAAUAAGAUAGUUAAGUGAAUAGUUUAGCUUGGUUUUAUGCAGUCUUAUCUUUAUUGUUGUUACUUAUUUUGAUUGUGAUUAUAGUUGUUGUUUAUGGCUAUUGUUAAAAAUAGAGUUAGAUUGGUAAAUAAGAUAAAGAUCUUCCUUUGGAAAGGAUAGGAGAUGAUUAAAGUGAAUAUGGUGUUGAAUUAUAGGGAGCUGCAUAUAAUUAAUUGAUGUUAGGAGAUGUGUUUAAAGAUUUAUUAAGAAGUAAUAGAGGUAAAAAAUAGACAGUCUCAUAUUUGGAUGAAUUAUAAGAUUGA